CUUCGAAGGUGCUAUGGCGGCUACCGCGGCCGCGGCUGCGGCGGCUGAAACCACUCAUUUGCAGGUUUGCGGCUGCAAGGGCAUCCGGACCUGUCUUAUUUGCGAGAGACAGCGCCACGGGUCCCCGCCUUGGCAGCUCUCCCUUCAGAAAAAAUACUGUUUCCGUUACUGCCCGGACACAGGCUGGGCCAUGGGGCCCAAGGACUCUGACUUGGAGGGUUGGGCCUUCCCCUUCCCGGGAGUGACAUUGAUAACGGACUUUGUGACCCCGGAGGAAGAGGCUGAGAUGGUGCGUCUGAUGGACAGUGACCCUUGGAAGCUCUCUCAGUCCGGGCGAAGGAAACAGGACUAUGGCCCAAAAGUCAAUUUUCGGAAGCAGAAGCUAAAGAUGGCGAGCUUCCAGGGUCUCCCCAGCUUCAGCCAGAAGGUGGUCCAGAGAAUGGGCCUCUACCCGGGGCUGGAGGACUUCCGGCCUGUGGAACAGUGUAAUCUGGACUACAGCCCAGAGCGGGGUUCGGCCAUCGACCCCCACCUGGAUGACGCCUGGCUGUGGGGCCAGCGGCUGGUGAGCCUCAACCUCCUGUCGGCCACUGUGGUGUCCAUGUCCCGGGAGGCCCCCGGCAGCCUGCUGCUCAGCUCGGCCCCCUCCAUCGGACCGGAUGCUUUGGAAGGCAGGUCUGUCCCCUGCCAGGAGGUGGAAGUGGCCAUCUCGGUACCCUGCCGCUCCCUGCUGGUGCUCACAGGAGCCGCGCGGCACCAGUGGACACACGCCAUCCACCGCAGACACAUCCAGGCCCGUCGGGUCUGCGCCACCUUCAGAGAGCUGUCCAGUGAGUUCCUGCCUGGAGGGAAGCAGCAGGAACUGGGGCAGGAGCUGCUGCAGGCCGCACUCUCCUUCCAGGGAAGGCCCGUGUGAGCACAUCCCUGGGCACAAGAGCUGGCGCUGGCCUGGCUGGAAACAUGGCUCCAGCACGACCAUCGGGGGAGCGAGCCCUGAGGUCUCUCCACAACUCAUUAGAUUCAUUGGUUGCCUGUCCUGGAUCUCCUCUGUAGACCAGGCUUAGCCUCGAACUCAGAGACAUCUGCCUGCCUCUGCCUCCCAAGUGCUGGGAUUAAAGGCGUGUGCCACCACUGUCCGGCCUAGACUGGCCUUGAGCUCCCUAUAUAGCCAAGGAUGACUUUGAACUCCUGAUCCUCAUGCCUCUACCUCCUGAAUGCUGGGAUUUGGCUCAGGUUUCUUUUUUAGGUACUGGGAUGGAACCCAGGGCUUCCUGCUUGCUAAGCAAGUGCUCGGCCAACUACCGACUCUUUUGGGGUUUUUGAGACAAGGUCUCAUGUGGACCAGAUGGCCCUGGAACUCACGAUGCAGCCUGGCUUUGAACUCGCCAUCCAUCCUCCUUCCUCAGCCUCUCAAGUACUGGGAUGACAGCCCAGUGACUAGGUUUUCUGAGGAGCCAUGUGACCCCUGAUGCCAUGAACAUUACAUACCCUGCCCAGAGCUGGUUCUAACGGACCUGGAUCUUGGCUGCUCUUUGGGUUAUUCAGUUUGUCAUAGUUUGGAGGGAUUCAGUCUUUAAAAAGCCUUGGUAUUUGGGAGAAGCACGAUGGCUGAGUGGGUAAAGGCGCUUGCCACCAAGCCUGGCCGCCUGCUUGAGUCUUUGGAAUCUCCAUGGUGGAGGGAGGGAGCCGACUCCUGCAGGUUGUCCUCUGACCUCCACAUACGCAUUACCUCUCCGAUAAAAUUUAUAAUAAAGGAGAAAAAAGAAAACCCUGAUCCCGUGUGAGAUGGUUUUCUCCUUUCCCCAGCUCUGUGUGAAGGGGUUGCAGUUAUAUGUUUUGUUUUAAGACAGGGUCUCACUGUGUAGUCCUGGCUGGUUUGGAACUUUAUAGACCAGGCUGGCCAUGAACUCAGAGGUUCUUCUGCCUCUGUGUAAGUGCUGGGAUUAAAGGUAGGCACCAUUCCACCACGCCCAACCCUUUUUCCUUUUUUUUGAGAUAAACUCUCCAUUUGUAGCCCAGGCUAGCCUCAAACCCUCAAAUUUGACCAUGCAGGUCCCAGGGAUCAAACUUAUUCGUUUUAAUUACAUUUAUUUACUUACUUAUUUAUUUAUUUAUUUAUUUAUUUAUUUAUUUAUUUAUUUAUUUAUUUAUAGGAGUAGGGCAAUUGGGGGGGGAUGCACACUUUAAUCCCAGCACUUGGGAGGCAGAGACAGGCAGAUCUCGGAGUUCUAAACCAGCCUGGUCUACAUAGUGAGUUCCAGGACAGCCAGGGCUGAACAGAGAAACCAAAAACUAAAAACCAAAAAAAAAAAAAAAAGAAAGAAAGAAAGAAGAAGAAGAAGAAGUUGCAGAGCAGGGCACACUCUGCUCAGCCAUAGAACUUCUAUGGAGGAGGGAGGGCAGACGGGCCAAGGUGGAUGAUGGGGGUGUGUGGCUGGCCUGCAUGACAGUCCUCUAUCCUGAGGCUUUGGAGACAGAACACACCGUCCUGCACCCCCAGGAAAGGGUCACACUCAGCCCUGGGUUGGUUUGUUUUUAUGAUACCAAAUUUGGGGGCAUUGUACAGGUUGCCACAUGUAUGUGGGUACACCUGCAUUAGCUGUGUGUGAGUAUCUGGAGGCUAGAGGUCAACAACUCUGGUUCUUUAUUACAUUAUUAUUAUUUUGGGUUUUUUGAGACAGGGUUUCCCUGUGUAGCUCUGGCUGUCUUGGAGUUCACUCUGUAGACCAGGCUGACCUUGAACUUGGAGAUCCACCUGCCUCUGCCUCCCGAGCACUGGCAUUAGAGGUGUGUACCACCACCAUCCGGCUACAUUCAUUUAUUUAUCGUGGUGUGUGUGUAUGUGGUAUGCACAGGGUCAGAGGACUGUUUGAGGGAGUCAGUUUUCUCCUUUCCUUGUGUUGGUUCUGGGGCUUGAACUCGGGUCAUUAACCUUGGCAGCAAAGACCUCCGCCAUCUGAGCCAUCCAAUAGCCCUACCAUUGUUCAGGUACCAUGCAUUUUGUUUGUAAAACAGGGUCUCUCAUUUGCCUGGAACUUUCCAGGUAGGCUGAGCUGGCCGGCAUGAGCACAGGAACCCGCCUGUCUCCUGGUCCCCAGCUCUGGGGUUCCACCCCCCACCCCCACCCCCGGUAUCCAGCUCUGGGCUCUGGCAAUUGAAUGCAGGUCUUCAUGCUUGUAGGCCAAGUUCUUUACUGACUGAGCUCAACUCCCAGCCUCUGUUUUAAUUCUUAUUUUUAUUUUAGAAGUUAUCAUAUUUUAUGUGUUUUUUGCAUGCAUAUAUUGUCUCUGUACCAUAUGUGUGCAUGACCCACAGGGCCCAGAAGAGGGCAUUGGAUUCCCUGGACCUGGAGUUACAGAGUUUUGUGAGCCUCCUUGUGGGUACUGGGAAUCAAACCCUGGCUCCUCUGGAAGGGCAGCCAGUUCUCUUAACCACGGAGCCAUCUCUUCAGUCCCAAUAGCUCUGUUCUUUCUGAUACCUGAGAACUAGCUGAGAGUUGGGGACUAUCUAGGAAGUCUGUACCAGGGGCUAAGUCACCGGCCAUGCCUGAAGAGAGCUUUGAAAAGGCCCUGUGAGAGGCAGCUUGGUUCCCUACCGAUUCAGUGAGCCUAGGGCCCAACAGAGUGAACAGGCUUCCAGACUACCAUGACUGCUGCCCCUGCAUCCUCUGAUACAGAGUAUGAUGAGGGGCUGGGGUGUGGCUCAGUGGUAGAGCACCUGCCUAGAAUCCCCCAGUGAGGGGCUGGGGUGUGGCUCAAUGGUAGAGCACCUGCCUAGAAUCCCCCAGUGAGGGGCUGGGGUAUGGCUGAUCUAUAAAAGAUUGUCUUGUAUGUGGUGGAGCCCUGAGGAUGGAGGCUUGAAUGAGUUAUUACCUAUGUGGCCCCUCGCAUAUGUAAUAAAACGAUUCUCCCCAGCCGUGCCUGAUGCCUAGUGGCUGGCUCUAUUCUCUGAUCUUCAGGCAAGUUUAUUAGCAUACACAAUGUAUCACCACAGCUAACUGCCAAGUUCCCAGUCAAGUCAGACACUAUGUCUCAACCAAAGAUAAUAUCCAAGGAGGCACCUGAAGUUAACCUCUGGCUUCCACAGCAGGUAUACAUGCAAGCGUGCACACACACACACACACACACACACACACACACACACAC